GGUGGAAAUUUAAUAAAUGAUAUUUUAUCGUCCAAGUGAGUAUGUCCCUACUCAUAGGAGGAAAAGGGAUAUGAAGCCGUUUAAGAGAUAUACACAAAAAGGAGGUGAGAAUGGGACUCGUCAAUUUUUGAGGAAUAAUAUGUAUAUUGAUGAUAUCGAAGGUGUGAGAUCAAAGAGAUUGUUUAGAGGUAAAAAGUUGAACCAGAAUAAAAGUGAUGUGAUCAAACCAAAUAAUCUUAAAUUAAAAAAAAUAUGCACAAAUUUUGUUCCUACUCCAAGGAAAACCGGUCUCGAACAAUUUCAUAAUCAUUAUCCAAUAAGCACAAAUAAUAACUUAUCUCAUAUAAACAUGCCAAGUAUGCUAGAUUGUUCAACUAGCAAAUACUCUCAACUUAUAAAUCGAAAAGUGCCAAGUAGACGUUCAAGGAUAUCCCAGGAUAGUAGAAUUCAAAACUACAACAAUGUCAGCAGCAUAAUGAACUAUAAAGGAAACAGCUUGGAUUGAAGUGAUAUUGAAGGAGCAAGAGCUGGAUCAGGUGCAGAUGGAAUCUUCAAAUACAGAGCCUCUCCUCUUAACCCUCUCAAUCCACAGUACACUUACCCUGGAGAAGCUGAAGUUAAACAACUAAUCAACAGGAGACAAAGACUCUUAAAAGGUUCCCUCCUAAAAAGGUCCCAAAUCUCGAAUUUUCCUCUCUCCAGUACACUUCACCACCCUCUAAACCCCCUCAAGCAAGUCCCAAUUCCCCAAUCCCCCUGCCAAUUUCCCCAACCGAAACCCUUGAACAAGUCCAACUCCGUACCUUUCCUUCACAACCACCCCUAUUUCCAGCCAAGUAAUUCUUAAAAUUC